GACAAAGAUAAAGUAAUACUGGAACCUUGGCUAGUUCUUGCACCAUCACAGCGGAGGGGGAACAGGUGGGCUAAGCUGACAUAAACAACAUCUUGAACCUGGAGGCAGAUUUUUGGGAGCUAUAGAUUUUAGGAUGCAACGGGAAGAGGCAUCAGCCCAGGAGAUGUUCAGCUAUGCCCAGAUGUCCAGCCUGGAGCGAAACAGUGGGAUAGGAACCCUAAGUCGGCAUCUGGAGGGAGAGAGGUUGGAGAGAGACAGCUACAUAGUAGAUGUCAGGAAUAGUGACCUGCAGCUGGAUAAGCCUGGGCCAUUACAUCCCUGCUUUAGCUACAGAGUGUGGCUUUACAGUGUCAUCAUUGGGAGUAGCUUGCUGAUAGUGGCAGCUUCCUCUCUCUACAUGGGUAAUGUGUUUCCAGCUGCAAUGGACUAUCUGCGUUGUGCUGCUGGAUCUAGUAUACCAGCAGCAGUGGUGAGCUUCACUAUUGCCAAGAACAGACAAGUUGCAGUGUCUGAUUUUCAAAUGGUAUAUGUGUCUUCCUUUGCUGUGACAACAACGUGUUUGGUGUGGUUUGGAUUUAAGCUCGCUAUUAGUCUCUCGGCUAUCAAUAUUAACUUUAGCCUGCUCCUGCUUAUUGUGCUGGAAUUGCUCACAGCCAGUACUGUUAUUCUAUCAGCGCAUUCGGCUGAGGAUUGCUACAGACAUGGAAAGCCAGUGUAUGAUGGCCCUGUGGUUGUAACCCCGGCUUCGUUCCCCACUCGUCUUCCCAAGGCUUAUGCUGUAAUUGAGGUUAUAGUGGGCAUCUCUGCUGUUUUUGGAGGAAUUAUUUCUCUCAAUUUGGGCGCUCUCCUCCCAGAACCAUACCUCUCUGUCACUUUCUUCUGGAUUCAGGUAGCUUGUUUUCCCAGUGCCAUUGCCAGCCAUGUGGUGGCAGAAUACCCCAGCAAGGGUCUGGUGGAAAUGCUGAUUGCUAUAAGUAGUGUGACCUCAUCACUCCUUUUCUCAGCCUCUGGAUUCUUGUCCAACAGUGUGAUCAAUUUUAUUGAGAUCUUUCUGCAUGAACUACCAUUAGCAAAACAAUAUUUUGACAUACUGCAGCUUGUUCUGAUGGGGCUACUGCUGGUGCAGGCAGUGCUGACAUUAGCCACUAUAGUACAGUGUGCUUCAUACAAGAGCCGUCUCCGCAUGGGAGCAAAUGAAUGGGAUGCAAGACAUUGUGAGCAACAGACGUAA